UAAUAAUAUGUCUAUUAAACAAUUAAUUCAAACAACAGUGCGGUCUGGAAAAUACCAAUAUCCUAAAGCAGUAUACGCAGGGUAUACAUGUACUGUAUUGUAUAACCAAAGUACAAGAUGGAUAUCACACAAUGUAACGUUUCAAAACAUCGAAAAUUACCAUCAGCAGGAUUCGUUUUUGCUUCAAAGCCAGCUUAUAACUUCUGAUCAUAAUGCCUUAAACUGCUCCAUAUGCCAUCAGUCAUUUACAACAUCUUAUUAUCCAUUAUCUUUUAAAUCGAAAAAUUCGUUAAAAGAUGGAACAUUUGUAUGUGUGGGCUGUAGAAGGUUUUUUGGUCAAAUUAUUGAUAAUAAACAAGACAUAUGGAAAAUGAUCGCAGUUCUACUUUCUGUCCCCGAAAACAAUAACUCUGGAGAUGACAGAGCACCCACUGUAUUGCAGCAGUUCAACUAUAAUCAACAAUAUGCCCUGAAUUCUGUUAUAACGAAACAAAAUGCCAAAGGGUUGAGAAAAAGAAUGAAAAAAAGAUGUGUGAAUAAAUACAUGAAAUGGAUGGCCGAAGAUGAUGCAGAUUUUCUCUGCGAUUGUGAAAUACCUACACAUAAUGAACUCAUGGAUUUAAAAAAACAGAACACUGUUUGUGCUAUAAGUGGUAUACCUGGCACUUGGAACCAUACAGAUGAAGAUUUGUUCAAAUUAACUAUUGAUCAUAAAAUCCCUGUUUCAAAAAACGGUGCAUUUGGCAAAGACAACCUGCAAGUAACACUAAAACCAAUAAACUUUCUGAAAGACAGUGAGAGCAAUUCUGAAACCUCAAGGUAUAUAGCCAGCCUGCGAAAAAACUAUCGCCGUUUAUUUAGUAUAUAAAACAGAUCUAUUGCUCGAUGAUGUAUUUUAUCUAUUGCUUGUUUUUUU